UUUACAGGAGCAUUCAGAGCACAGAGUAGGGGGCGUUUUCUUGAUCCGUUUUAUUCCUCACUUUACCCCACCUUUUGCUCUGUGUUGUAUUCAAUGAGGUGUAGACACUGAGGAAGAGAGAACAAUGUGGAAAGCAACAGUGUUUGUGUUCCUGCUGCUAAACAUGGAUAUGCAGGUGAAUGGUGCUGAUAAGACGAGACGGUCUGCUGCACGAAAGUCCGGGCCAGAGGAGAAGGCAAAGACAGAAGAGGCUGAAGCCAGUGACACCAUUUUUGCAAAUGACACUGCUUCUUCUUCUUCUUCUUCUUCUUCUUACUUGGGUAACUUGCUGGUGGUACCCAUGGAUGGAAGUCACUGGGUGGGUAUGAAGGCCAUUGCCCAAGAAAUGGGUCGCCGUGGACACCGGGUCACCGUGGUGAUACCAGAGGUCAGCAUGCAGAUGGGUCCGGGGAAAUACUACGACACUGUGAUCCAUCCUGUUCUGUAUGACAGGGCUUACAUUGAUUCUGUGACGUCCGUACAUAAGGACAUGAUGCAAAAAUCUGCACAGUCAUUCAUACAAAAAAUAAAAACACGAUUCGCAGUCACUCAGAAAAUUACAGAUUUAAUCUACAGAACUGCAGAGAGUCUACUGUUCAAUGACAGUCUCAUCUCACAUCUGGCACAGCAGGGCUUUGAUGCCGUGUUGACAGACCCCAUGGUGCCCACAGGCUCAUUAAUAGCUCGGAAAUUAGGUAUCCCCACUAUUAAUUUGUUGAGAGGUAUGCCAUUUUUCUUGGAUAUGAGGUCUGCAGGCUGCCCCUGCCCACCCUCGUAUGUACCUCGCUUCUUCACCGGAUACUCAGAUAAAAUGAGCUUCAAGGAGAGAGUUGUCAACACUUUGGUAGCUUUACUGGAGCCGCUGCUCUCCCGACUGCUGUACUGGCGCUUUGACCAAAUGGCCUAUCAGUUCCUGGGAGAGGAGGUGUGCGUAGCUGAAGUACUGUCAGACUCUGCUAUCUGGCUGCUGAGGAUUGACUUGAUACUGGAGUUCCCGCGCCCUCUCAUGCCUAAUAUGGUACUAGUUGGUGGCAUCAACUGCAAUGUGAGAAAUCCUCUGCCUGAGGAUUUGGAGUCCUGGGUGUCAGGAGAGUUUGGGUUUGUGGUGUUCACUCUGGGCACUAUGGUGUCAGAUCUGCCAGAGGAGAAGACCUCCAUCUUCCUAGAGGCCUUCAGACAGAUUCCACAGAAGGUGAUAUGGAGAUACACUGGGCAGGUUCCUGACAAUGUCCCAGAAAAUGUGAAGAUGAUGGGAUGGGUGCCUCAGAACGACCUACUAGCACAUCCUGGAGCUCGGGCUUUCAUCACUCACGCUGGCUCACACGGUAUCUUUGAGGGACUGUGUCAUGCUGUUCCCAUGGUGAUGAUGCCAAUGAGGGCGGACCAGCAUGACAAUGCAGAGAGGCUGGCGAAUAAGGGAGCAGGAGUCGUGGUGGAUAUUUUUUCCAUCACGACUGAAAGCCUCCUUCAGGGACUGAAUGAGGUCCUACAUGACGUCAGGUAUAAAGAAGAUGUGCAGAAGCUGUCAGCUCUCCAUAAAGACCGGCCAGUUGAGCCACUCGACCUGUCAGUGUACUGGACAGAGUAUGUGAUGCGCCACAAAGGGGCUAAACAUCUUAAACCUGCUGGCAUUGACCUCAACUGGAUCCAGUACUUCUGCCUGGAUGUAAUAGCGCUACUAGCUAGCGUAGUUCUGCUUUUUGGCAUUUUGAUAGUAAAAUGCAUGAAACUAUGCUUCCGCAAACUGAGCAGGAAGAGGAAACGGGACUAGCAUGGUGCUACCUUUGCACCUUCAGGUUGUGCAGUAACACAGAGAUGAAGACAAUGUUGAGCUUUUAAUCUCAGACAGGAGUGUUUGUUAAGGGUUCGUUAACAGUGUUUGUAUGGGGAGAU